UAUGAAGAACUUCAAGUUCAAGAAGUAUAGGAUGCGUUCGACCCCGUCUAAUUCUUUUGUGACAUUUGCAAUUAUUUUAAAUAUAUCUGCUUCGAUUUCAAUUGUUUUACUGAACAAAUGGAUUUACACGGUUCACGGAUUUCCAAAUGUCAGUCUGACUUGUCUACAUUUCAUCGUGACAACACUCGGACUUUUCGUCUGUCAGAAACUCGAUAUUUUCCAGCCCAAAAGUGUUCCUAUAUCUAAAAUGAUACCACUAGCCUUGACAUUUUGUGGUUUUGUGGUGUUUACAAAUUUAUCAUUGGAGUCAAACACAGUUGGGACCUAUCAGCUAAUUAAGAUGCUGACGACGCCGUGUAUUAUGGUUAUACAGACCUUGUUUUACAGUAAAAACUUCUCCACUAGUAUCAGGUUAACAGUAGUUCCAAUAGCUGUAGGUGUCACUUUAUAUUCGUAUUACGAUGUCAAGUUUAACUUCCUAGGGAUAUUCUAUGCUUCUAUAGGAGUAGUUGUAACAUCGUUAUACCAAGUGUGGGUGGGAGAGAAGCAGCAUGAACUACAGAUAAAUUCCAUGCAGCUCCUCUACUAUCAGGCUCCAUUGUCAGCUUUCUUACUUAUGUUAGUUAUUCCAUUUAUUGAGGCCCCUGUCUACAGUAUACAUGGGGCCAUGGGACACUGGGAUUUGAAUACUUUGAGUGUGGUAUUUUUAUCUGGACUAAUUGCAUUCUGUGUGAAUCUGUCUAUAUUUUGGAUCAUUGGCAACACCUCUCCAAUGACAUACAACAUGGCCGGCCACCUUAAGUUCUGUGUUACCCUUCUAAUGGGCUGGCUAAUUUUUCAUGACUCGCUUACACUUAUCCAAAUGUCAGGAAUCAUUUUUACUCUAACAGGUGUUACCGCCUAUACACAUCUGAAGCUCAAGGAACAAGAUCAAGUCACACCCCUCCCCUCCGUGGUCAGCAAGGCAUAGUGGAGGGGGAUUCUUAUGUUGCUCCCCAAAAGUCCCAUUUAUACCAUGUACUGGUCAGAGGAUAUUAGUUUUCUCUUUUAAAGUUAGAUUGUACUAAUAAUAAAUGUAUUUCAAGACCGAAUC